GUGCAGCGCGGGUCCAUGCGCGUGUCUAGCUUUAUUACUGUUUCCAUCCGAUUAAGCCAGAUCGGGGAGUACCUAUACUCACUUACGUCGAACUUGGCUCGGUUCGACUAGGUUGCCUACUAUUGGUAGAGUCGGGUCCGCGCCGCCAGCUGACGCGUGGUUUUCUCGCGCGAUUCACACUCGCGGAAAUUAGUAUUCACUGAAUUAUGCAAUGGAUGUGCGGUUGGAAAUAAUGAUGACGUUGGAACUUGGCUGCGCUGGCCGCAAAAUAUUUAUAAAUGGGGGAACUAUUCAAAUGCUACACUCGGAAUAGUGAUUCCAUGAAUAUUGCAAUACGAUCUGGUGAAUGAAUUAGAGCAACGUAGGAAUAAAGACAAAAACGCAAACGCCUUGCAGAAGCCUUCCAACAUCAACUGGAGCCGAAUCGAGCGGGUUUGCGGUUCGGUACCGACCUACCUCAAAAAUCUGCUCAAAAUGUGCGGCUACGAGCAGGAGAGCAGUUUGCGAAACCUCAACGAUGACGAUUUCGUCGACAUGGAACGCUUCGCCCGCGAAGAACUGAUCCACUUGGUACCGCAGACGCAGUUCUACUUUCACAUAUUUUGCACCGAUCCGGCGCGGGAGUUUCGGCUGGUUCCCGGACAUCGCAAGCUUCUGCUGCAGAUGAGUGCCUAUCUGAACUACACAAAUGCGGCCAAUGAGCUGCAACGUGCCGAUCCGAUGGUGCAGGUGCACCACCGAUCGGAACGACCCGUACCUGUACAGGAGAGGAUGGAGCGCGCCGAGCGUCCCGCCGAACGACCGGUAGAGCGACCGGUCGAGCGGCCGGUUAAGCCGGAGCGAAUGACAGAUAUCAACCUGGUGCGGGAAAUACGCGAGCAACGCGCUCUGAUGCAGCAACUUCAACUGCAACAGCACCAGCAACAGCAAGAACUGGUUAUUCGUGCCUCCGAGAUGCUUCAAGAACACAUACCCGAUAUCAAGGUUGCUUCCACCAAAAAUCCUCCGUACGCCUUCGAACAAGCCACAGUCUAUCCUCCUCUCAGUGAUGUAGCUCGGGUCAAGAAAAUCCAAAGCAUCAUCAUAAAACUGAUCGAAAUGUGGAGCGAUAAGCACCCGGUCAAGCUCACCCUCACAGAGGACAUGAUCAACGUCACCUACGAACUGAAUGGCUACAAUGCUUUCAUCAAGUGUCCCAUGUGCGCCGUACAAAUCAAAGUAUCCAAACUCCCGACCAAAAAAGGCGACCGUUUUGUGAUCUCAAACUUCUCGAAGCACGUCAUCAAAAUGCACUUCUCGCUGCAGCAGCAACAACAGCUCUCUCAAUCCCAGCAGCAACAGACGAACGACACCAGUCGGUUAAGCUUGGAGAACUCGACGUUCUUCAACGAGGAAAACUCCGACAGCAGUAACUACCCGUACGAGGAGUUCACCAUCAAACGGGCACGGCUCGAAGACGAUGAUGAUGAAGAACAUGAGAUUCCGGCCCAUAUGCUGCACCCCUAUGUGAGCAUCAAGGACGAAGUGAUAGAUCUGGAUGCGUAGUUUUAGCAGGCCCGAGAAUCCUUCUUCGAUAGCAACAAAUUGUACUCUGGUAUACUGAAAAAUAUUAAUAGCUAAUUGGUGUUUAACAUGAACGAGAGCUGAACUCAGUAGGAUUUAGUUACGAUAUACAAAAAGAACUAUUUAUGUAAUACUUUAAGUCCUGAAAAGACAGUAGACGAAUGUUCUGCCGCCCCGUUUAUUUCACGAUAAAUAUUAACGAAUUCCUUCGUUAUUGAUUAAGUUUAGGUACGACGCAGCAUAGAAUUCAAAAGACUUUAAACUGUAUGUUUUUUUUCUCGUCCGAGGAAAGUGAAGUUAAUUAACUAGUUUAAGGUUAUGCUGUGUAAAUAGGCUGAUAGGUUUAGCAUGAAUCCUGAUCAUUUGGCAAACAACAUUCACAAAUAGACAUUUAUGUACUUGAUUCCAUUUUAUCAUCUUCCAAAACACGUGAAUAAAUCAUGUGCACCUGUUUCAUGUAAUGAA